UCGAUGGACCUUCAAACACGGCCGGGACCCUACGGCGCACUGCAUCAUGGCGCAGGUGGCUCAGAGACCGUUGAGGGCACCGCGUCGAAAGGCGCCCGCUGGUCAACGAGGUGACCUCCGCCCCGGAUCGCAGGAAGUCCGAAACCACGAGGCCACGAUCGCGUAUAUCAAGCGGACACUUUGCUCCAAGCCUCGCUAUCUCGACUCCACUGGCGACCAUCCUGCAAAGGUCGAAUCCGAGCCGCUGGAGGAUCUCCUACCGCCUCUGACCAGCUCCAAUGCGGUCGAUGUCCAGCUAUAUGCCCUCAUUGCUGUGAUACUCAGCAACUUUGUCCAGGUCUGGUACAACCGCAUCACACCCGAUCAGGACUUUGUGAGCGAAAUCGUGCAGAUAAUUGCUCACUGCACGAGGGGACUCGAACAACGCGUGCGGCACGUGGACCUGGAAAGCCUGUUGCUCGACGAGCUCCCUCAGCUGAUAGUAGAGCAUGUGAACACUGUCAGGAUCUCACGACGUUCACCCACAAAGGCGCUACCGCAGUUUGAACAGCGCCGGCGGUUCCUCACACUUCGGCCUCAUCUAGCGCUGGAACCUGUGCCGUCCGAUCCCAUCUCAGCGCUGGCUCAACAAGAAAAUGAGACUGCGUGGUGCAUGCUCCUGGUCAAUCGGAUACUGCCUCUCGUCUUGCCUCCGGAAGAUAUGCUCAACCCGUGCCUCGAUGUACUUGUCUCUGAGAUCUUCACGGAAAUGAUCUUUCACAAUGGGAUCUGUGGCAAAGCGUGCGAGCCAUGGCUGAUUUGGGAUGGACUUGCAAAGCUUUUACGAUCCAUGCGGUCUGGAUACGGCCAACUUCCGGAUGACCCUCCUUCAGACCUGCUCAAGCGCGACGAGAGCGGUGCAUUGUUUCCAGCACGCGACUCUUUUGAGGAUGUUGACGAUGACCGUCAAGCCUUCCGCAGUACAGAGAGACGGCCAAUUGUUGACAUGAAUAUCUGGAGUUGCGGCUCGCAGAUAUCCUCCUUCGAGCAACGCAUGCCAUGGCUGUCGGGCCUUCUAUCACUGAUGCAGUGGAUACUAUUGCAUGGUCCGGGAAGGCUAUGUUGCACCAACAGUCGCUUGGACAGACUCCUCUCUCACCACUUCUCAACGCGCCUGUACUCCGCAUCGACAUGGCUCCCUCAUCUUCUGCAAGCCACGCGAACGGCCUUGUUCCCCAACAACGCCCUCGCUCCCGCCCGCAUACCACCCUCGUCUCCGGAGGAAGUGGCCCGCAUCCGGAGCGACUGUGCGGCUGCCAUCGUCGACGCCAUACCACCGGGUAUAUGGCAGAGAUUACUUGCGACGAAGGAGGUCGAUCGCGCGAGGAAGGAGGUGGAAGGCGAGGACUUGUUGGGGUUGUUGGAGGACGGGUUCGUGAAUCGUCAUCUGGUGGUCAGUGUGGUGGAUCUGCUGGUGGUGAGGUUGUUUCCGGAGUUGAUUGAGGAGGAGUAG